UUCGCUCUUUCUUCGUCCCACUUUCACUCAUUCAAACUCCAAACACUAACACAAGAAGCAAAAAAACGAGCCACCUUAACCUUAACUCUACUCAAAUCUCGCCUUAAAACUCUCUUUCACAUCCCUUGUCUUUGUUCCCCACUCUUUCCUUUUUCUCUGUCUUGUAACCAUUGAAAGAGAGAGAAAGUUUUGUGCUUUUGCAUAGAAUCACCACCCCAUCCUCUUCUAAUCCCUCAAACCAACCUGCAUUUUCCAUUUCAUGCAGAGAUUCCAUUUGGGUCUCUCUCAAAACCUCCCUUUGAUGAUGGAUUCAGCUUCAUCCCAUUUGUCUCUCCAAAACCCAAAAACACCCUUCCAAGACCCUCCAGAAGCUUCUCCAAAGCCUUACAAGAAGGGCUUUGUGGCCACUCUAAUGGGAGCUUCAACCCCUUCUUUCAAAGAAGAUAACUACUUUGUUUCCCUUCUCAAGUCUUCAGAGAAAAAAGCCCUUCAGGAGCUGAAAGACAAGCUCAAAGCUUCAUUUGAUGAGGCUCCUUCUGAUGCCUCCAUGUGGGGCAUUCCUCUCCUUGGAGGUGAUGAUAAAGCGGAUGUUGUUCUCUUGAAGUUUCUUAGAGCAAGGGACUUCAGGGUUGGUGAUGCUCUUAACAUGCUUCUCAAGUGCUUGGCUUGGAGGAAGGAGUUUGGUGCUGACAGCAUUUUGGAAGAGGAUUUGGGGUUCAAAGAGCUUGAAGGAGUUAUAGCUUAUAUGCAAGGGUAUGAUAGAGAGGGACACCCUGUGUGUUACAAUGCUUAUGGUGUGUUUAGGGACAAGGACAUGUAUGAGAGGGUCUUCGGUGAUGAAGAGAAGCUGAAGAAGUUCCUUAGGUGGAGGGUUCAAGUCCUUGAAAGAGGCAUCAAGCUUUUACAUUUCAAGCCUGGUGGGGUCAACUCUCUCAUUCAGGUCACCGACCUCAAAGACAUGCCCAAGAGAGAGCUGAGAGUUGCUUCCAACCAGAUCCUCUCACUCUUCCAAGACAACUACCCUGAAAUGGUGGCUCGCAAGAUUUUCAUCAACGUGCCUUGGUACUUCAGCAUGUUGUAUUCCAUGUUCAGUCCAUUUCUGACUCAAAGAACUAAGAGCAAGUUCGUGAUCUCUAAGGAAGGAAAUGCUGCAGAGACACUCUAUAAAUUUAUGAGGCCUGAAGAUAUUCCUGUUCAGUAUGGAGGACUGAAUCGACCCAGUGAUUUGCAGAAUGGUCCCCCAAAACCUGCAUCUGAGUUCACAGUCAAGGGAGGCGAGAGAGUGAACAUACAAAUAGAAGGAAUUGAGGCUGGUGCCACUAUCACGUGGGACAUUGUGGUUGGAGGGUGGGACUUAGAAUACAGUGCUGAGUUUGUCCCAAAUGCUCAAGGAAGCUACACCAUAGCAGUUGAAAAGCCAAGGAAGAUUGGAUCUUCAGAAGAAGCAAUCCACAACUCAUUCACAUCAAAAGAAUCUGGCAAAAUGGUCCUCUCUGUUGAUAACACUGCCUCAAGGAGGAAAAAGGUUGCUGCAUAUCGCUAUGUUGUCCGCAAAAGCAGCACCACUUGAGAUGACCAUCAAAUAGUUUUUAGGAUCUUUUUUAUUUAAUAUUUUGCUUGUGAUGUUUUUUUAUUCUACUUUUUUUUUGGUUAAUCUUUAGUGGGUCUUAUCUCAUUUAUGCUUUUGAACUUGUUAAAGCCUGUUUACAUACAGGUAUAUUAACUAGUAGUGGUACUACUAAUGUAAUGUAUAAAAAGAGAAAAAUGGUGGUAGUAUAUGGCUUGGUAUAGAAGAAAGGCAAUUAAGUUUGCUUAUAUAGCAUACCAUGUUACUGUUUGGCCUUUUGUUUGUGGUGUGAAUCUUUCAAAUGUGACCAUUGUUAACCUUUGGAACACGUGGCUAUUGAGAGUUGGGAAUAGUUGUGGUGUCAAUCUAGGGAGAGAGAGUGGCUAUUUGGCAUUGUGUAUGUUGCAAUCUAUAGAGGGAUCGCUUUGUGAAGGUGCAAUCAAUAGUUUUUAUGAUUUGAAGUUUCUGUUUUUGUGUUGUGAAGGAAAAAGUACUUAAGAUGUGUCCACAUAAAUGCAAAGAAAAAUUGUGGGGGUGAUAGAUAAUGACUGGACUAUGUAUUGUAAGAGGGGUUUGCUUACUUUUGUAUAGAUUUGAUAAUGUAUGGACCAUGAUGGUGACG